CUGAAGUCUGACCGCUGCCCGCUUCGCUCCCGCAGCCUCCCGCCGCAGCUAUCACCCCGUCCCGUGCGCCCCGGCCGGCUGAGCAGAGGACACCCGCAGUGGGCGCCAUGCAGCGGACGUGCCCCUUGCUCUCGGCAGCGACGCUGAUCGCGCUGGCCCUGCUCCAAGGACCGCCCGCGGCGCAAGCAGGUGUCGGCUCGGCGGGCGCUGGGCCGGUGGUGCGCUGCGAACCUUGCGACGCGCGCUCUCUGGCCCAGUGUGCGCCCCCGCCCGCCACGUGUGCCGAGGUGGUGCGCGAGCCGGGCUGCGGCUGCUGCCUGACGUGCGCCCUGGGCGCAGGCCAGCCGUGCGGCGUGUACACCGAGCGCUGCGGCGCGGGUCUCCGCUGCCACCCGCAGCCUGGCGAGCCGCGUCCGCUGCAGGCACUGCUGGAGGGCCGCGGGCUCUGCUCCAACACCAGCGCCGCAGGCCGCCUGCGCACCCACCUGCUGCCCGCGGCGGCCGCUGCCAGUACGCCGCCCACGCCAGGAAACGACAGUGAGUCUGAGGAAGACCACAGUGCAGCGGCCUCGAGGAGCCCUGUGCUGUCCGUCACACACCGGGCCCCCGACUUCCACCCUGGCCACACCAAGAUAGACGUAAUCAAGAAGGGGCUCACCAGAGACAGCCAGCGCCACAAAGUGGACUAUGAGACCCAGAGCACAGUCACGCAGAACUUCUCCUCCGAGUCCCAGCAGGACACCGAAACCGAAUACGGGCCCUGCCGCCGGGAGAUAGAGGAGACUCUGAACCACCUCAAGUCCCUGAACACGGUGAGCCCCAGGGCCAUUCACAUCCCCAACUGCGACAAGAGGGGCUUCUACAAGAAGAGGCAGUGCCGUCUGUCCAAAGGCAGGAGUCGCGGCUUCUGCUGGUGCGUGGACAAGUACGGGCAGCCCCUCCCAGGCUUCUACCCGAAGGGCAAAGGGUACGUGCAGUGUGACAGCGACGAGGAGAGCAAGUGACUGGCCAGUUCCGAGGGCACCAGCACGCCAGUUCCGCACAGACGACGGCCAAGGACCUGCUCAGCACCUGGCUGCAGCCUCUUUGUAUUUCUUUGCGUGGCGAAUCAAUUUCUUUUUUCGAUCGAAGUUUAGAAAGAGAUUUUGAGAUGCCUGGGAUUCUAAGCGGGGACUUGAGGGGCUUUUCCACUUUCCAGUACCAGGGAAACCGAGCGAUUUUUCUUGUUGCUUUUUCUGAACCUGCUUGUAAACCCAACCACACACCAUGGCCUCCUGCGGUCCGGACCCCGUGGGCGGCGUGGCUGACCCUGACUUCACCCCUCGGCACCCCCGCUGCUGAGCGGACGCGCACUGUCCCCUUGCGACUGGAGCACGGGGCUCUGAGAACGGCGGCCCCACAGGUACCCCCCCGCCAAGGCCUGCGUCCCUCCACCCGGAAGGGAGUUCCUGUCUUCAGGUGACCGGUUCUGCGUGGGAAGGAGUGGAGACGAUGACGUGGAGUCUUACUUACGUUUAUAAAAUGACCAGGAACACGCUCAGGAGCCCUGAGCAGAUUCCUAAGGACACAGCCUUUGCUGGUGGCCCCACGGGGCAGGGGAUGGGGGGCCAGCACCACACCUGGGUUUCAGGGGCAUCCCCCAGAUGCUUCCGGUGAUGGCAGAAAAGGGUGCUUCCCACCCACAAAUGCAAGACCAAGGUCACCUUUGAGGCUAAGUUCCUUAGACGCAAUGGAAGGCUGUGCUCGUGCCUCUCUCUGCCGAGCACAGUGUAACGAGCACAGUGUCUAAGCAGAGACAGGAGGCCCCGGAGCUCAGACUCGCCCGCUCUCUCUCCUGACUCACACGUACUUGCAGAGAAAUGUCUUCAUGAAGUGUCUCCCUUGUAUGCAUCGCAGUCCAGAUAUGCUAGGACCUGUACUUGAUCAUCUUAGGUGAAACGUCAGCCAC